AUGAACACCAUGGAUGUACUGAAACUGAAAAUUAAAGCAGAUAGAAUCGUCGAUUGUAUCAUUUUUUCACAACGAAUGUCAAAAUCAUGGAAAUUUCCAUCCUUCCUUUUAAAUGACGAACAGAUGCUUGCCGAUUAUUUCCAACCCGCAAAAGAAGAAUUUCUUUCAUUACAUCCCGAUGAGAGAAGAAUGAUGGUGGAAUGGUAUGAACAACAAUUAGGUCAAGAAAUUGUUCCACUCUAUGAUGGAGAAUUUUCUGAAGAUCAACAUCAUUCUUCUCCUCCAAAAUGUAACUUUCUAAAGUUAAGCCAAAAUGAUUCCAUUCUGUAUCGUCACGUGGUGUCAGAUUUUAUGAGAAAGGUAUUUGCAAACACAGUGAGUGAGGAGGAGAAGGAUCGAGUCGAAAUGGCCUUUUUGAAUGAUCCUCAAUUACUUCAAAAAACAAUUGAAGAAAAUACCAAAUAA